AAGGGCGCGAUCUGAGCCACGAAAAAUCGGUGGAGACACUCUGAACUCGCCUGCCCCACAGGUGAUCGGAGGCGAGCGCAAUGGACAAGUAUCGCAAGGUGAUGAAACCUAAGGAGGACGUCCAGAAGGCAGACGAAGAGAUCCGCGUGACGGCGGCGGGCAGCGUGUCGGCGUACGUUUCUCGUGCGGCCACUGUGUUCAAUGAGCUCAAGAAGCCCUAUGUGAUCGUGCAAGCCACUGGCAACGCUCUGACCAAGGCGGUGACUGCGGCCGAGGUCAUCAAGAGGCGUUUCAAGGGCCUGCACCAAAUCACAGAGCUAAAGACUGUUGAGAUCACGGAUGAGUACGAACCAAUGGAAGAAGGACUUGACAAGGUGACGGACGUUCGAAACGUCUCGGUGGUGGAGAUCAAACUUUCCAAGGAGCCCCUGGACACCAGUGACAAGGGCUACCAGCCGCCCCUAGACGAGUCCAUGGUGAAGGAAUUUGACCCCGAGGACAUGGUGCGUGGAAGAGGACGUGGCGGUGGCACGGGCAAAGGCCGUGGGCGAGGCAAGGGCAAAGGCCGUGGACGUGGCGCCUCUGGAGGGAAGAGCAAAGGCCGCGGCAAGGGCAAAGGCAAGUCUUCCGAAGCCGCCAAAGGCUCGAAAGGCAAGAGCAAAGGCAAAGGUUCCAAGGGCUCUAAGGGCUCUAAGGGCUCCAAAGGAAAGGGUAAGUAUGAAGAUGAUUAUGCCUCUCCCUCGAAGGGCAAGGGAAAAGGCAAGAGCAAAGGAAAGAGCAAGAGCAAGUAUGAUGACUAUGAUGAGCCCAAGGGAAAGGGCAAGAGCAGCAAGGGCGGCAAAGGAAAAUCCAAGAGCAAGUCAUGGGAGGACUCUUAUUCUCCACCCAAGACCAAGGGCUACUCUUCGGGAGGGAGCAAGGGUCAGUCCUACGGCUGGGGCGGCUACGAGGAUAAAAGCUACGGUAAGUCGUCGGGCAAGGGCUGGGGGAAGUCGUCCUCCUAUGACAGCUAUGGAAGCAAAGGCAAAUCCAGUGGCAAGUCGAGCAGCAAAGGCAAGUCCAGCGGCUAUGGCAGCUACGGAAGCUACGGGUACUAAGCUGCUCAAGAGACCUCGGUCGAACACAUCAUUUUACAUUGCAAAUGUUCCCGGACCGGCUAGAACUUUUUGUGAGAGCACAGACAUCACAGACAUGAGGACCUUGCAGAGUUUGGCUGGUGAAAUCAGCGAGGGAAAA